CAAGGGCUGGGACAAGGAUGUCGCUCGUCAGAAGCAGUACUUUGCAAAGGCGCGCGCUCGCAAGCAUGAGGGAGCUUCAAAGAGGAGUCCCCGCGCAUCUUCCUUCAUCCCCGAUUACAUUCCACGAAGCCCGCGGACCCAAGAUCAGCAACAUGUAUCGUCUCCCGCCCGGCAGAAACAGAUCAUCCCCAGAAAACGAUUGUUGAUCAGUCAA